AUGGUCAUUUAUUACCUGGCGGCUUUUCUACUCGCUUCGGCGGAUGCGUCAAAGCCAAACAUUGUGUUCUUCCUUGCCGACGACGUGGGAUGGGCAGAUGUGAGCUUCCAUGGCUCCUCUCAGAUCCCGACACCCAACUUGGAUACCUUGGCUGCCGAUGGUGUGAUACUGAACAACUACUAUGUCCAGCCGCUGUGUACUCCAUCAAGGGCUGCCCUCAUGACGGGACUUUAUCCGAUACGCACAGGCAUGCAGGGUAAUCCCAUUGGUAUAGCUCAGCGGUGGGGGCUGCCCGAGAACGUACGCAUUAUGCCUCAGUACCUCAAGGAACUUGGAUACGAAACUCACCUGGUCGGAAAGUGGCACCUGGGUUAUUACAAGGAAUCUAUCACUCCAAAGCACAGGGGCUUCGACAGUUUUUACGGCUUCUACAACGGCGACGAGGACUACUACACCCACAACCUCACCUUCGAGAACCACGAUGGUCAUGACUUCUGGUUAGACACUGAGCCAUUGUUCACGGACAAGGGAACGUAUUCCACUUCCCUUUACACAAGAAGGGCCGAGUACGUCAUCAACAAUAGGGGAAAGGGUCAGCCCCUUUUUCUUGUGAUGAGCUACCAGGCAGCCCAUUCCUCAGGACAACUAGAGGCCUUCCAGGCACCGCAGAAAAACAUAGACAAGUUUCCGUACAUAGAAGAGGUGAACAGAACAAUUUAUGCCGCGAUGGUUGACGCCUUGGACCAGUCAGUCGGCCAGGUGGUCAAGGCGUUAAAUGACGCCCACAUGCUGGAAAACACUGUCAUCGUCUUUAGCAGCGAUAAUGGCGGCGGACCUUACGGCCCUUACAAUUCCCGUGGAUUGAACUGGCCGCUUCGUGGAGCGAAACAGACGCUCUGGGAAGGAGGCACCAGGGUGGCCGCUUUCGUCUGGAGUCCCCUGCUUGCUCGGAGACGGAGGGUGUCCAACGAACUGAUGCACAUCACGGACUGGUUGCCCACGUUCAUCACGAUAGCAGGAGGCAACGCUGACAAGCUUGAAUUGGACGGAUACGAUAUGUGGCGGCAGUUGUCAUUCGGUGCGAGAUCGCCUCGAGUUGAACUGCUCUACAACUACGACUAUAGGUUUUCGAAUGCCGUGGCACUGCGGAACUCACGGUACAAGCUGGUUCUGGACGGUACCGGUUUCUUUAACGAGCGCUACACCAUACCCGGCGGGCAGCAAUCCGUGCCUGGACCUCGACAGCCUGCUCUACCAGUCAACAGUAGCCGGUGUGCUGAGGAAGCUGUACAGGAGGAACCUGGUGUUCUCCAAGAGCUGGAGGGAGAAGGCAACGCUUCGAUGCGGGUGCGAAACAGCGUCUGCAUGGAGACCAGCGCCGACCUCACCCUCUCCAUCGGCAUAAGAUUUGCGAGAGCUCUGGGAGAAGCGGACGUCAUCAAGAACAUCACGGGUAUAGGAGCCUUCCUGAUGAACCACAUCUGGCUGAUCGAGCAGCACAGCAAGGCUGACGAGGAUACUCUGGUGAAAGCGGGUGGACUUCAGGUCAAAGGCGCCUUCUGCGCUGUCAUUGACCCAAUCCAACAAGACGUCACCGUGAAAGUCCACUGGGUCGACUUUGCUGUACAAAAUGAGAGCUUUCCGCAAGCGUUGAGCCACUUUGGCGUGUUUUUGGAGGUCUCGAACGACAACCAGUCUGUCAUUGGCUUUGAACAUGCGACGUCCACGACGAGCGUGAUUGAUGACCCGUACUCAGGUCUCCUACGUCGGGACGUCCAGGCCUUGCCUAGUCGCCGCUUAGAGGGCCUGCUGGACGGCCCAGAUUUCGUCGGCGAGCUUGGAGCUGUGCAGGACAUCGGCCCACCUUGCCGAGAGAUAAUCGGUGUAAGACCACAAAUAAGUGCUGCAAGAAAGUGCUACGAAAAUGUUUUCCCGUGCACAUUUACAGCUCAAAUGUCUUACGUCGGACUCCUAUUGCUUCUGCCAUUGGUGCGCUGUACGAAAACUCCACCCGACAUAAUAUUCUUCCUAGCGGAUGACCUGGGAUGGGACGACGUGAGUUUUCAUGGAUCCUCUCAAAUCCCGACGCCAAAUUUGGAUGCCCUCGCCGCGGACGGCGUCAUACUCAACAGUUACUACACUCAGCCAGCAUGCACCCCUUCGAGGGCUGCCCUCAUGACUGGCCUUUACCCAUGUCGUACAGGCAUGGAAGGCCUCGCGAUCGAUGUAGCCGAGCCGUGGUCGCUGCCAACAAAUUUUCGGAUACUGCCGCAGUACCUGAAGGACCUCGGCUACCAGACACAUCUUGUUGGGAAGUGGAACCUCGGAUAUUACACCGAAAACGUCACUCCUACAUUCCGCGGUUUCGACAGUUUUUAUGGGUUUUACAACGGAGAGGAAGACUAUUACACCCACAGCAUCACAUACGAAAACCAUACAGGCCUUGACUUUUGGAUGAACACUGACCCGGUGUGGUCUGUAAAUGGAACGUAUUCCACCACGCUCUACACAGAAAGAGCUCAAUAUAUCAUCGCGAACAGAGACAAGACGAAGCCGCUGUUUCUUCUGUUGAGUUACCAGGCAGUGCAUGGUGCAGAUUUAAAUAGCCGCCUGCAGGCUCCACAGGAAAAUGUCGACAAGUUUCCCUACAUAGGAGAAGAGAGCAGAACAAUUUUUGCAGGGAUGGUGGACGCGUUGGACCAGUCCGUAGGCGAGGUGUUCAAGGCUCUAAGCGUCGCCGGGAUGCUGCAAAACGCAGUCGUCGUCUUCAGCAGCGACAAUGGCGGCGCUCCGUUCGGGGCACACGCGAGCCGCAGCUUCAACUGGCCGCUGCGUGGCGCCAAAGGUGCCCUUUGGGAAGGCGCCACCAGGUCGGCGGCCUUCUUAUGGAGUCCCCUGCUCGACCGCAGGCGUAGAGUGUCCCACCAACUUAUGCACAUCACGGACUGGCUGCCUACACUGUACUCAAUUGGUGGAGGCGACGUAAAGAGCCUUGGCAAUAUGGAUGGGCUAGACAUGUGGCGCCACCUCUCUCAGGAAUUGCAGUCACCUCGCGUAGAGAUGCUGUACAAUUAUGACGAGUGGAUUUUGCACGCCUCGGCGCUCCGCUUCUCGCGAUACAAACUUGUGCUCGACGAUACCGGCCUGAACAACCAGCGCUACUACACGACCGGCGGCAGACGACCUUGGAAUGAUCUCGAUAAGCUGCUCACCCAGUCAACUGUGGCGAAGGUGCUAAGGAGCUUGUACAACAAGAACCAAUUGAACUUUCCCGGUGAUUGGCGGAAAAGGGCGACGCUGAAGUGCGGUAGACGGACGACGAGAAACUUCUCGGGCAACGACACCGCCUACCUGUUCGACAUCAUUGCGGAUCCCUGCGAACUGAACAAUUUGGCCAGCUCUCUUCCGGAGGUCGUGGAGUUACUGAAGAAGCGAAUCGAGACCUACGCUGCCGUUGCGAUACCACCACUGAGCGCACCCAAGGACCCAGCCGGUUUUCCAGAGUACCACAAUGGAACGUGGGCGCCUUGGUUGGAUUCAGUCCUGUGACAAAAGCUGCUUCCACAUCAAGUUGUUACGUGAUUGGAAUACUGAGGCGCAUAGCAGACACUCGAAGACAUAUUAAGGCGCUAUUUUCAGAAGUUUACGUAUGUAUAGGCUGUUAUAUACCCGGCCCUCCUGU